UCAAGCUUUUUAGGUUUUAAGCGAUGGUCACGAACGUGUACGUUUCGGCCGUAACCCAGGAUAACAUCUCUCGCCAUGAACUUCUUGCUUGGGUGAAUAGCACUAUCAAAGCUAAUUUCUCAAAGAUCGAGGAAAUGAGCACGGGUGCGGCCUACUGUCAGCUUACUCACUUGCUUUUUCGCGACUCCAUCAAUCUGCGCAAGGUGAAGUGGAAUAGUCGUAACGAAAUGGACCAUAUCAAUAAUUGGAAAAUACUAGGUACAGCAUGGAAAGCGCUUGGAGUGGAUAAGCCCGUUCCCGUAGAAAAACUGACAAAAGCGAAAUUUCAAGACAAUUUCGAGUUUCUCCAAUGGUUUUUCAAGUUCUUCAACGCGAAUUACGUUGAUGAAGGAGAGGAAUAUGACGCAGUAUCUGCUCGUGGUGGUGAGCCCUUACCAGCCGGGGCCAAGGGUCCUGCUCCUACUCGUGUCCAACCAACUCGAGCGACGCCCAGCACCGUCACACGAACUGUCGUUCCUGGUGUACCUGCUGCCGUCGUUUCGCGGACGGUUGUUCCUGGUGUGCCCGAAGCGAAAAAAGCAUCACCGACUUACGCUCCGGCAUCUCGCAAUUCUACCGCAAAUCAGAUCGAUGCUUCUGCUUUGAAAGAAUUACAACAGCAGAACAAAAAGCUAACUGAGGAGAUUGAAGAGAUGAGAAGUAUUUGCGAAACUUUGGAGAACGAACGGGACUUCUACUUUGAGAAGUUGAAAAGAGUAGAGGAUAUGUGCAACUCAUGUGCAGAUGGUGAGAAUCCCGACAAGGAGGCGAUUUUAUCCGUUCUCUAUGAAGCAAAUGGUGAAUGCGAAGAAGACAAAGCUGCCCAAGCGGCUGCAGUUGCUGACGAUGACGAAACCUUCUAGGUUUCACGAUGUUCUCCUCGUCAUUUCCAUCUUUUAGGGCGGCACCCACUUGAAUAAUCCAUCGCGAGUACAAAUAGUAAUGUGCUUUUGAUACGCAUAAUGCAUCUUUACAGCUAAGCUUUUGUAUCGUUGUUAGUUUAUUUGGUGUGCAUAUCGCUGCAUGCAGCCUUCUCAUUUGUCGCUGCUAUAUUCUCAAGCUACUUGCAGCACUAACAGUGGGUGCAACCUUUACACUUACGAUUCUCCGGGAUUUUAUACUAGUUGAGAAAGGAUCUUCUCGGUUCUUUUGGUUCUUGCAAUUGUAUCUCUAACGGGCCCUUCUUGACUCUGCAUUCUAUGUUUGGACCAUCUCUCCCAGAUCGGUUUCUCGAUUCAAGCUCACGUCUCAUACCUGCUUAGGCAGUCCAAACAUUUGUUCAUUUUCAUUUUGAGAAUUUGUUUUUGCAGA